AUGAUCGACCUUCAGCUGCUGCAAGUUGAGAAGGGGGGAAACCCCGAACAGGUGCGCGAGUCGCAACGCAAGCGUUUUGAUCCCGUGGAGCUGGUUGAUGAGGUGCUGUCUUUGUAUAAGAACUGGACCUCGCUCGAGUUUCAGCUGAACAAUAUGCAGCAGGAAGUCAACGCCGUGCAGAAAGCCAUCACUGCAAAGAAAAAGAACAAAGAGAGUGCGGAUGCGGAGCUUGCGCAGAAGAAAGAGCUGGAUACCAAGAUCAUUUCGUUCAAGCCCCAGGUAAGCGAAGCGGAGCGCCUUAUGCGUGUCAAGGCAGGCACGAUUGGCAAUUUGGUCGGCGACAAAGUGCCUAUUUCGGAGACGGAAGACGACAAUUUGGAGGUGCGCAAGUGGCAUCCCGAUGGCCCCAAUGCGGAUGUCGAGAAGAAGGACGGCAUUUUCUCGCACCACGAAGUGAUGUAUCGCUUGGCGCUCUUUGAUACGGACCGCGGCACGAAAAUUUCGGGCCACCGCGGCUUUUUCCUUACCGGCGACGGCGUGGAUCUGAACCAGGCGCUAAUUAACUACGGCCUUGAUUUUUUGCGCAAGAAGGAGUACAAGAAGAUGAUGACGCCGUUCAUGAUGCGCAAAGAAUACAUGUCCAAGACCGCACAGCUCGACCAGUUUGACGAGGAGCUGUACAAGGUCGUCGGUGACGAGGACGACAAGUAUCUCAUUGCGACAUCGGAGCAGCCCCUCUCUGCAUACCAUGCUAACGAGUGGUUUGAGAAGCCUGCUGAGCAGCUGCCCAUUCGCUACGCGGGCUACUCGACCUGUUUUCGCAAAGAGGCCGGCUCCCACGGAAAAGAUACGUGGGGCAUUUUCCGUGUGCACCAGUUUGAAAAGAUUGAGCAAUUUUGCAUCACGGACCCUGCAGGGAGCUGGGAAGAGCUUGAACGGAUGCUGGAAACCAGCGAGGCGUUUUACCAGAGCUUGGGUCUUCCCUACCACGUCGUAGCCAUCGUAUCUGGCGCACUGAAUAAUGCGGCAGCGGCAAAGUACGACCUGGAGGCCUGGUUCCCCUACCAGGGCGAAUACAAGGAGCUCGUCUCUUGCUCCAACUGCACAGACUACCAGAGCCGCAUGCUCGAGGUGCGCUGUGGGAUUAAGAAGCAAGGAGAUACCAAGAAACAGUAUUGCCACAUGCUGAACGGCACGCUUUGUGCCACAGAACGCGCACUCUGCUGUGUUGUGGAAAACUGGCAAACGCCCGAGGGCUUGCGCAUUCCUCCUGCUCUCCAGCCGUACAUGCAGGGCCGCGACUUUUUGCCAUACGUGCGUGAGCUGCCCAAGACGAGCACAAGCCUGAAGAAGAAAUAG